AUGAAUGAACAACAUCAAAUCGGAUCAAGUCAAGAUCAUCAAAUAGAACUUCAACUAGAAGAACAUCUCAUCAAUCAAUCAGAAACAGAAGAACAUCAAAUUCAAACAGAAGAAAAUCAAAACCAUUCAAGAACGAGGACACGGACAAGAACGCGAACGAGAACGAGAACGGUGACCGAAACUUAUGUUCAAUCAGCUAGAAUCGAAAGAGGUUUAUUAAAUGAUGAAUUACCACCAAGAUCACCAACAGCCAUAGCUUAUUCUUCACAACAAAUCUUAGCAAGAGCCAUCAAACCAGAUCCCGAAUUAUCAACUCAAGCAAGUUUAAAUAUCAUACGAAUCGGAUUUACAAUCUUACCGAGCAAUGAACGAAAGACACCAUCAUGGUAUUUCAGCUUACCAUCACCAUCGAUUCCACCCUAUAAGAAUCGACCGUCUUAUCGAAAAUCAUCACAACCUUUAAACCGAUCUGAAGUCGAUCACCUGUUAUUUUCGAAUGAUGGAAUGUAUCUUUUGAUUUGUAGUCAUACUUCUUCGACUUUUCAAGAUUUGGCUCAUCUUCGAAUCUCUAUCUUGUCUCAAUCUCAUUCUCAGGUUGAUCAAUGGACUUUAUCAUUUGAUGAAGUCGUUUGUGAUUGGAGUGUUCGUUCCGUUUUGGAUCAUCAAGCACUUGAACCCAUGGUCAAAAGAGUUUUAAAGGCUAGAUUCUUGGGUGAGCCUAGAAAAUGGUCAAUUGAAAAAUUAGAUGAAAGUUUGGAACAAGAUGGAAUUUCAGUAGGUACCAAGAAUGUAAAAUUAAGUAAACCAAUCAAGAAUUCAGGAAGUUUAAUUGAUAAUGCUAGUCAAGGCAAAGCAACGACAGUGAUGAUGGUUUUAAAUACAAAUGAGUUAUUUGUGAUUCAUUUACCAUUCCGACAAAGUAAUUUACCACCACAUGUACUUUUAGCACCAUUAGGAAGUUCAACAAUGACUUCAGGUGCAUUACAUUUAAUUCCGACACCAGGAUCGAACCGACAAGAUCGAAAACGAACCAUUACGGAUGAUCCAGAAUUAAGAUCAUCAGAAGAACCGAUAAUUUUAACUGAUCCUAAAGUCACCAAACAUGUAGGAUUAGGUAUCAUGAUUGAUUCAUCACCAUUUCCAACCCAUCAAAACUCUCAAUUGAAUUUAUCAAGUUUUCCUUCAUUAGAACCACCUCUUCAAUCAAGAUUUAAUGCUUCAACUUUUAAUGAGAUCCCAUUAUUGAUGACGGAAAAAGUGAAUGGAGAGAAAACCGUUCAAUUCAAUCCGAAUGGGUUUAAUCAAUUUGAUUCGAUGAUUCAUGAUUUUAGAUCAAAUCGAAAAGAACUCACGAUCGCCUCGAUUGGAUUUCCAGGUCAACCUAAUUCGAGCUCGAUGGGAUCAUCUGAAGAAGGUCUCACAGAUCAAAUCGAUUCGGUGAUGUUGAUUGGAUUUCAAAGUCGGACGAAACCGAUCAUCCCUACACCUGUGAAACAAAUCAUCUUACCUAUCGAUCAUGGAAAAGAUUUGAAUCAUUCUACCGAUCCUUCUAAUCAUGAAGUUGAAGUGGAUGAUGAGAUGGGUGAUUAUAUUACAGGUUUAGGUGAACUUGAUGAAGCGUUUAUAGAAGAUGAAAAGAAACUGAAACCUAGACCUUCACCCAAUGAAGGAUUAGGAUUAGGAAUAGGACUUGGAAUGGGACUUGGAAUGGGACUUGGGAUGGGAAUUGGAUUAGGGAUGGAAAUUGAAACCGAAGAAGAAAUUGAAAAUCAAGAAAGAAGAAGAAAAUCGAAAUUAGAAGUGAUGAAAACCUUUAAACAAAACACCAAGAAACGUAAACGAUUUGAACCCUUGUAUGGGAUUGAUGAAAGUGAAGAUUUAGCUGGUGCAGGAAAUCAAAUGAGAUUUGGAUUAAUUGAAUUUGUAGAAGUGUUUAUUGAUUUUGAAAAUGGAAUUAUACCAACCAUUUCAAUCCAACCUUUACCUAGUAUACCUAUUUUAGAUCCAACAGAAUCUAAUGAAGAAAUCAAAAUCAAAUUAAAAUCUCUGGAAUUUUUGGAAUUAAAUCAUCAUCAUCAUUUAUCAACACCCAGAAUCCCAUCAUCACCAUCAUCAUCAUCACCGGAACCAGGAGGAGGAGGAGGAGGAGGAGCACAAGAAUUGAUGAAUUUGAAACCUGAAUUGGUGAUGAUUGUAGGUUAUUCUAGAGAAGAUACAAGUUUGGUAGAUCGAUUGGAAACUUGGAAGAUUAAGUUUUGUAGAUCUGAACUUUCGAAUGGGUUUUUAGGUUUAGAAUGUUUUGGAAAUGGAAGUAAUGGGAAUGGAGGAAAUGGAGGGAAUGGGAAUGGGAAUCAUGGAAAUCCAAAGAUUGAAAUCGAUCAUGAAACGACUUUACGUGGACCAGAGGAAUGGGUUAGUGUUUCGAUUUUUUUUUGA